GCGCCCAUGCUCUGUCUCCCAAAAAUAUGGAUGGUUGAUUGGAAGGGCCGCAUGGGAGACCGAUUUUUCAUUCAUUUUGCCGAAAAUUUUAAUUAAAUUAUGAAUUUUCCACCAAUUAAAGGGAAGUUGAGCGGAAAUUUUCUCAAUUUUAAUUAAUUGCCAAAUAGAAUGAUUUAUUGUUGUUAUUUCGCACCACCAACUCUCGCACAAAAUACACAACUCACCGAGUUCGGUGCAUGCGGCAAAAUGUAAAUUGAAUUGAUGGUGAUUUUGUGAGAGAGAGAAAAUUUGUGCCAGAAUAAAAGUCUCGGUCUAUGCUGUAAAUAUGAUGUGCCGGGGAGGUAAAGGCGAUCUCUCCGCCAGAAACUUUGCAAUAAUUUUGGUUGAAAAGUUUAGCAUGGUGUAGUUGCAUGAUUUCAACGGCAAAACAUUUCCAUUUGGACAGCUUUUCUGCACAGGAUUAUAUAAUCAAUUUUAAUGGCAUAUUUAAUCAACAUUUUGGGUGCUUUCAAUUUAUUAAAAUACUGCGAUUUAUUUUGAUAAAAGGAACUAUCCGAUUAUGCGAUACAUAAAUUUCAAUAAAUAAAUUCACACACAUACACCCCACCACAAACAUAUUGCAAAGCGUGGGGCUAAUUCAGGCAAAUUACAUGCAUUAAUUAGCACAAAAGGUGCGUACUUAUUAUGCAUUACACCAUUUAGUUGAUGUUUAUGGAGGAACAGCAAUAUUCCUCCAAUUAGUUAACACGCUGUUCAAACGUUCAAAGCUAUUAAUAUCAGGAUAUUUUAUGCAUGUUUUGUGACAACAAAUAUGGGUUUACAAAAUUUAUUUUAAUUUCCCUAAUUUUCACACAGACUGCAAAAUGAAGAGAGAAAGAUCUUUAAAUUUAUGUAAAACAGACGGUUUUUAGCAGUGUAUUCUCUCGCAAAUUCUCUCAAAUACCGCCUUCGCGCUCUUUCAUUUCAAAUUCGCCGACUCACCUUGAUCUCGGUGACCUUCUCCCGGGCCGCGAUCUCUAGACAGAAAUUAUCAAUAAGAUCAAUUUGGUGCCAGUUUGCUGGAGAUCAUCAUGGUGAACGUACGUAUUUUUCUCCUCUUCUGUGCUUUUGGCACCUCCCUGGCCAUUAGAUCCUUCUGGAGAGGAAGGAACUUUGAUGAAUUCCACGGUGAUGUCCUCACCCUUCCACCGGGAAGAGUUAACGAUCAGUGGUUCGAUCAGCAAGUUGAUCCAUACGCUCCCACAGACAACAAGAUUUUUCACCAAAGAUACUACGUAAAUUCGGAUUAUUUCAAAUCAAAGGAUGGCCCAAUAUUUCUUCUUAUUGGCAGAGAAGGUCCUGCCUCACCGAGAUGGAUGGUAGAGGGUGCCUGGAUAAAAUAUGCUCAAGAAUUCGGUGCUCUCUGCAUUCAACUUGAACACCGAUUCUACGGUCAGAGUCAACCAACACCGAGUACAACGACGGAGGAUUUCCCAUUUUUCUCUUCAGAAAUAGCCCUCACAGAUGUAGCCCUUUUCAUCACGGCCAUGAAUGAGAAAUUCAAUUUAACAGACAAAAAUGAUUGGAUUGUCUUCGGUGGUGGCUACUCUGGUGCCUUAGCAGCGUGGAUGCGCGUAAAGUUCCCCCAUCUUGUUCACGGUGCUGUGAGUUCCAGUGCCCCAAUUUUGGGGAAAUUGGAUUUCCAGGAGUACUACACGACUGUUGCAGAUGCAACCCUUGACUGUCGUAUGAGCAUUCAAGAAGCCUUCUUGGCGAUUGUUGAGCAACUUGACAGUGAAUCAGGGAAGAAAUCUCUCGUUGAGCAAUUGCAACUGUGUGAUCCUCUGGAUGAUGUCACAGAAUUGGACAAGUCGAAUUUAUUUGAAAAUCUCGUGAGUAUCUUUGGAAGUGUUGUGCAGAAUAAUGGUUUGCCUUUCGCCAAGCACGGCAUCAAGGAAAUAUGCAGUAUAAUGAAUGACGAAGCCAAGGGAGCACCUCUGAAUAGACUAGCUGCUCUCAAUAAAAUCUUCCUGGAAGAUGAUGGACAAUCCUGCUUGGACUACAAGUACGACAAAAUGAUCAAGGAGCUCAAAGAAACAUCUUGGGAAGCUCAAACAGCUCGUGAUGGAACUCGCCAAUGGCUCUUCCAGCUCUGCAAGGAAUUUGGCUUCUUUCAGACAUCCGAAAAUGCAUCAUUCGUCUUCAGCAAUUAUCUCAGUACUGAGAAUUACUUGAAGCAGUGCUCUGAUGUCUUCGGAGAGCAAUUCAAUCGUGCCAGUCUUGAGAAAUCUAUAUACAACAACAAUGUUAUCUAUGGAGGACUCAAUAUAAAGGCAACAAAUGUAAUUUACACCCACGGAAGCCUCGAUCCUUGGCAUAGUCUUGGACUGACAGAAACGAAUGAUGAUGGUGUUCGUGCAAUCUUUAUUCGUGGUACAGCUCACUGUGCUGAUAUGUACGAACCACGUGAAGAUGAUCUGCCUGAACUUAAGACAGCCCGCUCAGAAAUUCGCAAAUUCAUUGCGGAUCUUCUCAAAUAAAGAAACAAACAACUAAUAAAAUAUUAUAUACACCUGCUGAUAUUUUUGCACCGAAACUAAAGGCAAAAAUGUUGCCUUUUGCAUUACACAAAGAAAUUGCAAGAAUUUUGAAAUAAAACAUUGCGCAAGAAA